AUGACCCGAGACGCACAAGACGCACAGAUUCACGACGCUGAAGAGCUCGAAAGACUCCGAGAGAAAGCCGGAAUAACCAAAAACCCGAUCGACGAGCCAGACUACUGGAGGAAGAUCAAAUCGGCGAUCAAGAUGGACCCGGUGACUCAGUUCCCGCAGGAAUCGAAGGGACGAAUGCUCAUUCGACUCAGACUGAAGAUUGGAGACAGAUUCAAAAAUCUUCUCGAGCAAAUGGUCGAAGGAAUGGGACUCACCGACCCCAACGCUCAGAUGUCCCUCGAUGGCUGGCAGAAAUCCAUCAACGACAUCUCCCGAGUCCUCUCCGAGCUCGUGCGCGAAGAAAACCAGAAAAUCGCCGAGGACGACCGAGCCCAGUCAGACCACAGUCUCUUCUACGGCUGCCUCAACGCCGCCAAAGCCGCCAUGGACGUCCACCCGCUCCUCAACAUCGUCUACAUUGAGGAGUCACUCGUGAUCCCGGAAGGAAGACUCCCAGCGUAUCAAGAAAGAGUCUCAGCUCUCAAGGAAAAGGGUCAAAUUAAAACUUUACACAUUAAGUCGAGCCUUAGAACUUUAAAAAACCCUUUCAAAAGUCAAGAGCGGACUUUCUCCUCCGCCAAGAUCGACUCUCCAAAGAUGGCAAAGACUCUCUGCGUAGCUGGAAGAAGCAAAGACGAAACGAAAGACUCGAACGACGAAGCUCCACCUUCGGACCAACCGGAAAGCCCGCCAAACGAGAGCCAAAUUGACUCGAAGAAUCCUCAGCAAGGGCAAAGCACUAGCGUGAACCUGGAGAGACUCAAAGGGCUCGUUUGGGACAUCCAAAACAGCCUCAACACAAACGCUUCCAUCCCACCAAAAAGAAUCUUAUGCUACGGCGAGACGCUGGAUGACAAGAUCAAUAAUCUAGCAACAGAAGCUGCCAAAAUCAUCUCCGAGUCCCAAGAGGCCUCAAAAAUUAUGAAAACGAUCCUCCAAGAAGCCGAGCAUGAGGGUCUCCAGGGAAUUCAACUGCUAGACGCCUUCCAAACCAUUGCCAUAAUCGCGCACAGCCCAUCCAUAGGAAUCAACCGAAGACAAGCGUCCACAAACAAGGUGGAUCUAGAGACGAUUCAAGACACGCUGGAACUGACAGUUAGACCUGUGGUGGAGAAGCUAAUGAAGCAAGUCCACGCUUCUAGCGUCUACAAUUCGGCGGAAAUAACCUUCUGGGCCAAAAUGAUGGAGCCACUGGAAAGAGACUCAGUUUCAAAAGAUGAUCUUCGGAAGCUAGAAGAGGCCGCCGCUUGGAUCUUGGGAAGACUCUGUAAUGAAUCUGCAGAAGCCAUCUUCAGAAUGAUCUUAGCGAGAUGCAAGCCACCAGAAAACCUCAACUCUCGAGCAUCACCAAGAAUGACGCUCAUAGCUCACAUUUGGAACAUCAGAUUCAAAAAGAUUCUAGAGUUGAGCCCGGACAAAAGACACGCUUCCUUCGCGAAAGAAAGACAACUCUGCAUCUCCAUCGCCAACUCAAUAUUUGGAGAAAUCCUUUUCCAGAUAACGAACACGCGAUGCAUCUUUCCAAGACUCCUAUCAAGUGCAGCAAGAUCAGCAUGA